AAAAGAAAAAGGUUUUGACUUUUAGAUAUGAUGACAUUAAUGGGACAGCCUUAGACCACCUAGACAUUAUAUAAGCGACAACACGCCAACUUGCAGCAUUGGGCAUCUGAAGUGUUCACGACAUCGGGUCUCUUACUCAACCGAAAAUGUUUGUCAUUCUUAAAGCUUUGGUCUUUGCUUUUCUGAUAGACAAAGUCUACACCGGAUCUGUGUCAUGUCACCCCCACAACUGUAUAGCAGGGCAGGCCUACUGUCAGGACUAUGGAUCAAACUGCGUCUGUUAUAAACCUUAUAGCUGGGGACGUGGAGACUUCGGUUGUUAUCGUGACAACGAGAUCUCAGCUGAGGUGAAGAAUGACCCUGAACUGACCACCUUUAACAACGACACCGUCAAGUUUCAAUACCCAUGUCGGUACCUGCUGACCGAGCUAGAACUUCAGCUUCAGAAUGCCCACGGUAAAGAGAUUGGACAGUGUUUUUUUAAGGUCCACGCUUUCCACAAGAGAAUUAACGGAAAGAUCGUUGUUGACGGCCUUGAGAUUGCUGCCAAAUUUCUGGUGGGCUACGAUCAUGAGAAGUCUCUGUCCAUCAUCACGUAUGGCCAGGAGGGACACGUGACACUUGGAGGAACUGACAAUCACUACCUUGACAACGGGCCAUACGACGAUGAGCUUACCCACGGACCGGUCAUCUACUCCGACUCGGACAGCAACCUCCACGUCAAGCGUUACCUCAACUCUCACAACAGGCAGUACGUCUUCGAGGUUGAAGGAUGCGGGUUCAGAUCCACGUUUGUCCCCUUCGAUCUGCAUGACGGGAUUAAGAGUGCCUACAUACCAGGCAUCUCCGUCGCUGUCGACUGCGAUAACCAUCCACAAUGGUUGAACACACACAAAGUUUUGGCUCUCCCACCGGCCAGUCAGGGAGGCCCAACCAUUGGAUCCAUCGCUCACGAGGUUGGACUGACCAGACAACAGGCCAUGGCCUACAGAGCCUUCACCGCCCACGUGGAACAAUCUCAGCCUGACAGUUGUCAAGAAUGUACCGACGUGGCUGACUCGUUCAAGAAGUGCAGCGAUCAUGAGCUGUCUGUUGCUUGGGACAAGUGCUACUGGAUACUAGACACUCCCAGUUUCAUUCGAUGCCUCUCCAAAGACUACCCAAAUACAUCCUCAGAAUCGCAUCUUUCCUAUUUCGCUACGUGUAUUGAACAUUACUGUGAUGGGUUCCAUCAGUGCGAUGAGCUGCGCAAGUGUUCCUGUCACAACGACCACCUGGACAACAUCCUCAGCUCCACCUGCAAAUACUAAACUACUCCAUCGCUAGGAAAGGGUGUCAAUGGGAAACUGGGUCCUAUGAAAAUGAUACUGUAUUAAAUGUAAUUGCUUUUAAAAAAAAUAUGCCUUAUCCUUGAAAUGCUAUUUUCUCUUCAUUAGUAAUAAAAUUUUUAUUUCUAAUA